AAAGCCUAAAACUAAGAGGGCCAAAAGGUUUCUUGAGAAGAGAGAACCCAAGCUCACUGAAAAUACAAAAAAUGCCAUCCUCAUAAAAGGUGGAAAUGCAAACUUAACAGUGACUGAAACACUUAAAGAUAUUUAUGCUCUGAAAAAGCCCUUUGCUGUCCUGUACAAAAAGUAAAAAAAAUAUUACCAGACCUUUUGAGGAUCCAACAUCACUGAGAGUCAUGGAACAACAUACUUGUUUAGAGCAAAGACUGCUGGUCACAGGUGGUUGGUUGCUCAUAAGAGAUGAGAAGUGAUAAUAUACAAUCGUUGUUUAAGAACAGACCUCAUUUGAGAUGGAUUCUUCUAGAUACUGACUCAGAUUUAAUCAUACCUUUGCUCUGUCAGGAGUUUUUUUCGAAGAAGUCGGAUUGUUCUUUGUUUCUGUUUGGUUCACAUAAUAAGAAGAGGCCUAACAAUCUCAUAAUAGGUCGUAUGUUUGAUUAUCAUGUCCUGGAUAUGAUUGAGCUAGGCAUUGAGAAAUUUGUGUCACUAAAAGAUAUUAAGAACAGCAAGUGUCCGGAAGGAACAAAGCCCAUGUUGAUAUUUGCUGGUGACACAUUUGAUUUAAAUGAAGAAUAUAGAAGAUUGAAAAGUCUUCUCAUUGAUUUCUUUCGAGGUCCUACUGUGCCUACUAUUCGCCUGGCAGGGUUAGAGUAUGUUCUGCAUUUCACAGCUAUGGAUGGAAAAAUUUAUAUGCGAAGCUACAAAGUGUUGUUGAAGAAGUCGGGAUGUAAAAUACCGAGGAUUGAAGUGGAAGAGAUGGGACCUUCAUUCGAUCUGGUGAUGAGGAGAACACAUUUGGCUUCAGAAGACCUCUAUAAAUUAUCUCUUAAACAACCUAAAGCCCUCAAGCCAAAGAAGAAGAAGAAUAUCUCUCACGAUGUCUUUGGUACAUCAUAUGGUCGGAUCCACAUGCAGAAACAGGAUCUCAGUAAAUUACAGACAAGGAAGAUGAAAGGAUUAAAGAAGAGACCUGCAGCAAAGAUGACUGAAGAAGAUGAAGGGAUUAGUCCAAAGAAAUCAAAAUCCAUCUGAUAGGAUAAAAUAGUUUUGGACUCUUGAUAACUUCAGCUUUUGCUGUAUUUGUCACAAAAUAAAUGUGGCAGAUGUGGACCAGUCAGCUGCCAUUUUUUAAAA